CACAGCUUGCAGCGCCUGAUCCGGACCAAAAAAAAAAAUAUAUCCCAGCAUAUUUGAGAUUUAUUCAUUUUUGCUGCUUCUCGCCAAAGGGGGGGGUACUAUGGUCAUGCUGAAGAUCUCUGCGUUCCUCAUCACAUAUGCCCUGGUCGUCUGCCAGAUGUACUGCUCGCAAGCUGCCCCCGCCAGACCGGCGUUGGAGUCCAUGUCGGAGAGGGUGACGCUGACGGACUACGAGGCGCGGCGGCUACUCAACGCCAUCGUCAAGGAGUUUGUGCAGAUGACGGCCGAGGAGCUGGAGCAGCAGCAGCAGCAGGCGGCUGAGGGCAACAGCGUUACAGCACAGAAGCGAGCCUGCAAUACAGCCACCUGCGUGACCCAUCGCCUGGCCGACUUCCUCAGCCGGUCGGGGGGGAUGGGCAACAGCAACUUUGUGCCCACCAACGUCGGUGCCAAAGCUUUCGGCCGGCGGAGGAGAAGCAUCGCCAUGUGAGCGCCUGGAUAGGGAACAACAACAACAAAAUACGGUUGAAACAUUGGGGAGUAAAAAAGGAAGACAAACAACAUCAACAAGAACAACAAUGGAGCAGAAAAAUCAACAGUGAACUGGCCCUAAUUUGCAUACACUCACAUCCCAAAAAGUUUCCAUCUUGCUUUUGGCCCGACAAAAAAAAAAAGCACUUUAGUUUGUGUACACUUCCUGUCUUUUAUACAUUCGUAUCAUUGGAAAACAAAAAGUGCUCACCAAGUUUUGGCACAUCUUCUUUCUCCUCCUAUCGUGUAGCAUCAUCCAGCCCCUUAUCAGCCUACCCAGGACCGUGCCCCCCCCUCCCAAAAAAGAAAAGAAAUCCCCCCGCCCCCCCAGUGGGCUGUUGUCUCGUGCCUUGAUGUAGAACAAUUUACAUGAUUGUACAGUUCUGUGAAGAAUGGUGGUGAUGAUGAUGAAUAUUGUCAACAAUGGAAAAAAAAUAAGUUUGAGCAAGAUUAAAAUGUAUUUUAGAUACACUUGGGUUUGGGGUACUUGUGUUGUUCUUUGCAGGUUUUUAAGAGGGGGGGGGUGGCCCAUUGACCACAUGAUUAUAUUUGUAUAUAUUCUAAACGGUGUCGACAAAGGAUCCAAUAAUAGCAUUAGAAGUGAUGUGUAUGUGUGCGUGUGUGUGUGAUGUAUGGUUGGACACAAAACGACGCACACACACGCACACGCGCGAAUU